CUGCGCACCAGUCGGAUAUCAACAGUAUAUCCUUCCUCCGGGUAUCCACAUCCUGUUGUGUUACAAAAUCACGUGUGUUGCGUUUGUGGCUAUCGGCGUAUCGCGUUUCCCCCCUUCUGUCAUUUACCCGACUCACAACCCACACUCUCCCAAGCCAACAUGGUGGCAGAACGAGAAGUAAGCUAUGUCAGAUCCAACAAGAUCGAGGUUAAUUGUCGAAAAUCCUAUCGGCAAUGGGCUGAACGGCUUUCGGGCCGCGUUCGCCUUGAUCUGCGAAGGCGCGGAGUUGUGCUCAGCUAAUGAGGCUGUUGAUCGGCUGAGGCGGGAGGGUAUUCAAGAUCUCGCUUCUAGCCUUCUGACAGCCCUCCAGAUCCUACCUGUCGCUCGCCUUCUGCCUUCCAAUUCAGGCGGGAUCAUUCGAAGUGACCUACUUCGGCUUACAUCCGCUAUUGCAUCAAAUGAUUUCGAUCUUGAACGAAUCAAACCGCUGCUCAAGAUAUGCCUCGCGGAUGCACCAGCAGAUGAACAGAUAUGGAAUCUUGUGGACGUGGUCGCAGCGGAAUCUACACCCCCACCUCGAGCAGUUGCCUCCUCCCUCCAACAGACACCCUCACACCUCAAGACGAGUAGCUUUGCAAACUCUUCAGAAUACCGCCAAGAUAUCGAUAGGGUUCUCAAGUUAGAGCUUGGCCCUCUAUACGUAGGGCUCCCUCAUUUCCAGUCAACAUUUUUUGGAAGCGUCAGUGGCCUGCAGACAGGGGCCGAAGCAGUAUUCCGAAGAUGCACAGAGAGCAGUGAUGCACUAUUUGUUGAUGGAUGGAAAGGAUGGCCAAAGAAUGCGAACCAGGAAGAGGUCUUGAAAUGGUUUGCAGACGUGACCGAGAAGCUGGCGACAUUCUCAGCAGACUACGAACCUUUAUCGAUGCUGCAUCCGCGAAGACCGCUAGCACAGCCCAACCAGCCCAUUCAGGGCUCCACAGCCGAACGCAAGCUAGACGUUGGGUUCGUGAGCGAUGCUAAUGCAAAGAAGGAUACCCGAUGUCAAUGGUCAGAGAUUCUCGUGCCCGGAGAGCUAAAGAGUAAUCCAGCAGCCGACACUGCUUCCAAAGCAUGGCUGGACCUAGCGAGGUACGCCAGGGAAAUUCUUUCGGCCCAAGAUAGCCGUCGCUUUGUCCUGGGUUUUACAAUAUGUGGAUCCUUCAUGCGAAUAUGGGCGUUUGACCGUCUCGGAGGUAUCGCAUCCGAGCGCUUUGACAUUAACAAGGAUGGGCUUCUGUUUGUGUCCACCAUUCUUGGGUUCCUGUGGAUGAGCGAGGAGCAAUGUGGAUUCGACCCCACCAUCACCACGAAGGACGGCCUCCGAUUCAUCGAAAUUGAGAAAUCCGGUCAGAUCGAGCGUCUUGUCCUUGACAAAUUGAUGAAACGGGCUCGUUGCAUCGCAGGUCGAGCAACAACAUGCUGGAAAGCGUACCGCGAAGCAGACCCCGGGACUCCCCUCGUUAUCAAAGACUCUUGGCAAUACACAGAACGCGACGAGGAGGGCGAGCUUCUUCAAGAAGCCACUGAACGAGGUGUGGUGAACGUGGCACGGUAUUAUAAUCAUGCGACGGUACGCAUUGGUGGCAAGGAUGAUGAUGUCCGGGGCAACGUUCGAGGCGGCUUGGACAUCAAAACCGCCAGUAGCUAUCGCCCAAAUCGGUCGGUGCUCUCGACGGGCACGAAUGUACUCGAUGCCCCGCGAAAGAGCCGGAGCAGCGGCCGAUCUGGCCUGAAGCGCUCUUCCAGUCAGACUGGAGCUUCUUUGCCUCCCGACAAGCGAUCGUGCUCGGCAUCUCCUACCAAGCCCUCUAAUAUCCCACUACCAAAUCGAAUCCAUCGACGGAUCGUUCUGCGAGACUAUGGCAAACCAAUUUACGAGGCAAGCACUCGCUCGGUCUUGCUUGCCGCAUUCGAGGGUUGCAUUGCUGGACAUCAAUCUUUGAAAAAGGAAGGGAUUCUUCACCGAGAUAUUUCGGUAAAUAAUCUGAUGAUUAAUGAGGACAAAGAGAAUCCCUCGUGGCCGUCAUUCUUGAUUGAUCUUGACCUAGCCAUCAAAGAGCAACGGGCGGGUGUUUCUGGAGCGGAUGGAAAGACAGGCACAAGAGCGUUUAUGGCAAUUGGCGCGCUUAUGGGCGAGAAGCAUUCGUUCAUGCAUGAUCUUGAAUCAUUCUUCUGGGUGAUCUUUUGGAUUUGCAUUCACUACGAGGGGCCGGGAAUUGGAAGGGUUGUGGCACGAUUUGACAAUUGGAACUUUGCAGAUACGGAGGAGCUAGCUGAUUCGAAGAAAGGAGCAAUAUCUGAUGAAGCGGAUUUCCUGAGGUCCACGAAUGAGCACUUCACAGAGUAUUACCAACCACUUAUACCGUGCGUCAACACGCUUCGGAAGGCGGUCUUUCCGAAUGGAAGGCGGUGGGCGAAAGAAGAUACAGGGUUGUAUGAUCGGAUGAAAGACAUCCUGCGGGCCGCCCGGGAGGACUGCGAGAAGAGCUAAUUCACAAAGCCUAGUUCUGUCGCAGAGGCUUGGUCUCUUUAGUCACUAUCUUUAAUCACUCUCCUUUAAUCACUCUCCUUUAAUCACUCUCCUUUAAUCACUCUCCUUUAAUCACUC